AUGUCGUCAAAGAAGAUGAUCACUCUGAAGAGCUUGGACGGACGGACUCUUGAGGUGGAAGAAGCGGUGGCAAAGAAGUCGCCUAUGAUCAAGAAAAUGAUUGAGGAUGAAGACGUGAUGGAGGAUGAGGUUGAUGACGAGGACAACGACAACGUCGUUCAUCUCCGGAAGGUGACUCACAAGGUUUUGGACAAGGUCAUGGAGUACUGCAAGAGGCAUGUUAACGAGGACGAGAAGGUGGUCAAUGAGGACGAGCUCAAGGCGUGGGAUCAAGACUUUAUUGUCAAGACUAACAAAUCCACCCUCUGCAAUCUUCUUCUUGCUGCGUACUACUUGAACAUCCAGAGCCUGCUACUCCUGCUAUCCAAGAACGCUGUUCACAAGACAGGUGAGGAUAAGACAAUGGAGGAUAUGCGAAUCCUUCUCGCAUGUCAACAGUGA